AUGCGGGUGCUGGAGGAGGACCUCUUCCCCUCCACCCCAGGCAAGGUGAAGAUCGAGCGGGCGGGCUCCAUGAACCGGCAGCUCCACCGCUGCUUCGCGUCCACCAGCACCAUGUUCCUGUGGGCGCUGUUCCUCAUCGCCAUGACGGCGUCUUACCUCAGCUUCAAGUCCUUCGUCGACACCUCCUCCAAGUACAUCGCCGCGUCAUGGGGCGGCCUGCACUGGGAGCGGCAGAUCCGCGCGUCCGCCGCGCCCAGGCGGCCCCCAGGUUCCGCCGCCGGGGCCGGGAUGUCGGUGCUGGUGACCGGCGCCUCGGGCUUCGUCGGCACCCACUGCUCCAUCGCGCUCCGCAAGCGCGGCGACGGCGUCGUCGGCGUCGACAACUUAAACGCCUACUACGACCCGUCACUCAAGAAGGCGCGCAAGGCGCUGCUCGCCUCCCACGGGGUGUUCGUCGUGGAGGGCGACAUCAACGACGGCCACCUCCUGGCCAAGCUCUUCGACGUCGUGCCCUUCACCCACGUGCUCCACCUCGCCGCGCAGGCCGGCGUGCGCUACGCCAUGGAGAACCCGGCCUCGUACGUGCACUCCAACAUCGCCGGCCUCGUCACGCUCCUCGAGGCCUGCAAGGACGCCGACCCGCAGCCAGCCAUCGUCUGGGCCUCGUCGUCCUCCGUCUACGGCCUCAACGACAAGGUCCCCUUCUCGGAGCGCGACCGCACCGACCAGCCGGCCUCGCUCUACGCGGCCACCAAGAAGGCCGGCGAGGAGAUCACGCACACGUACAACCACAUCUACGGCCUCUCCAUCACCGGCCUCCGCUUCUUCACCGUGUAUGGGCCUUGGGGCCGCCCCGACAUGGCCUACUUCUCCUUCACCCGCAACAUCCUGCAGGGGAAGCCCAUCACGGUGUACCGCGGCAGGGACCACGUCGACCUGGCCCGCGACUUCACCUACAUCGACGACAUUGUCAAGGGCUGCCUCGGCUCCCUGGACACGGCCGGCAAGAGCACUGGCACCGGCGGCAAGAAGCGCGGGCCGGCGCCCUACAGGAUCUUCAACCUCGGCAACACCUCGCCCGUCACGGUGCCCAACCUGGUGUCCAUCCUGGAGAAGCACCUCCGCGUCAAGGCCAAGAAGCACGUGGUCGAGAUGCCCGGCAAUGGCGACGUGCCCUUCACCCACGCCAACAUCUCCCUCGCCAGGGAGCAGCUCGGGUACAAGCCCACCACCAACCUCGACGUCGGCCUCAAGAAGUUCGUCAAGUGGUACCUGUCCUACUACGGCUACACCAGGGGAUCCAAGAACUCGCGACAAUGA